UAACUGAAGGCUAACUGUAAGCUAACUGAAGGCUAACUGUAAGCUAACUGCAGGCUAACUGUAAGCUAGCUGCAGGCUAACGACCCGGCGGACCUCGGGUCUCAGUUUAACGGCUGCACGUCAGAGCUGAUACCAUGAGGAUGAGGAUGAGGAUGAAGAUGAUGAUUUAGAUGAAGAUGAAGAUGAAGAUGAAGACCGGGCUUCAGUCUGUCCUCUGACUGCCUGGAUGGAGGAUGUGGUUCUUCACUAUCAGUCUGGAUCCGUGGAGGAGCUCAGCUCUCUGCUCCAGAGGACAGAGAAGCUUCUGGAGAGUUUCCCCUGUCGGCCUCCUCCGCUCUUCAGGCCCUGGUUCCCCUCGGACCCCUCGGACCCCCGGCCCCCCAUCAGACCGGCCAAGCCCCCUCCUGUCAUCACCUGCGCAGCUGGUUCUCUGGGGUCCGACCGCAGGCCGUGGCACACAACAGGAAACCAACCACAGAAGACUCAGUGCUCUGGCUUUGUUUCUAAAGAUCAACACAAUCACCCAACUCCAGAGACGACAGGAAGUCCAGCUGAAGAGUCGCCGAGAGGAGACGCCGUCCUCUGCCUCUCAGAAACUCCGAAUCAUCUCCAACCAGAGAGAGGGGUCGCCGGACUGUCGCCCCAGAAGCUGCCACCGGGGGACAGACAUGGCGUCCCUGUGUCAGGCGCCGCGGUGCAACGCUCCUGGAGCGUGUUCACACGGCGAGGAGUCUCUCCACAGAGCCGCCACUCGCUGUCCAAAGCGUUUGACCACAUGGUGUCUGUCCACAGGCUCCACCUCCGCCAGAGAGCCAAGUGGGUGAUCCGAGGGGAGAACUGUGGGUCGGGCCGGGACCUCGAGCAGGUGUGGCGGGCUCUGAGCCGCUGCGUGCGGAGUGGCGAGCUGCCGACGUGCAACGCCAACAUCCAGAGGGAGCGGGCGGAGCUCUGGGUGUUCUGCGACGUGCUGUGCUCCGAGCAGGUGGGACGUCUCCUGAAGGACGAGCUGCAGCUGUCCGGGACGAUCCGUCUGUCCGUCCACCGGAGGGGACACGUCUUCAGCUUGUAGAACAACCAGCAGCACACGCCAGGUUUUAACAGUGAAAACACGUGAAUGUAAAAGUCACGAUGUUAACGUGGCGCCCGAGGUUCUUCUCCAUGUUUGCUUGAUGAUGAUUGAUCGAUGGGAAACCUGCAUCCGGUGUUUACUGGUUACUCUGGGAAGGAACUCUACUACAAGAUCCACUCUUUUUAACUCUUUAACUCUUGUCUUUGUCUGUGUGUCUCUCUUCUGCUUUGAGACGUCUUCGUGGGACGGACUCUGAGUUCUCAGGACAACUUGUACUGACGUUUUUAUGAGAAUUUUUACUUGAUGAAUAAAACGAAAAUGAAUUAAACCACA